AUGAUUUUGCUGCUGGGCACGCACUUGAGUGGCGCGUCGGCUGUUGACAAGGAUGUGGCACCAGUUGGCGAUGUAAAAACGGAUUUGCUGUCAUUGGAGCAGGAAAUUGGCGGCGCUGCGGUGCCGGGUGAUUCGGAAUCUGAUUCGCAGCGGAAUCUGCAUCCGGUUCGUCGAAGGCGUGGCAUCUUCUUUAGCGGCAGCAUCGGCGGAUUGCCCUUCCUCAACUGGGCCACUGGCUAUUCUUGGGCAUAUCCUGGCUAUCCAUACAACUACUAUGGCUCACCAUCGCCUGGCUAUUAUGGUUAUGGCAGUGGCUACUAUCCCGGCUACCUGGGCUAUCAGAAAAUUAUCAUCGGCUAA